CAAGGAAGGGCUGGGCCGGGGGGUGUAUGUGAUGGGAUGGAGGUAGCUUGCGCCCCUUCUUCCUGAGCCCUCGCUCAUUUUCCCCAUCACCACGCCGCGCGCCGCCUCCUUGGUUUUGCUCUUCGACUGUAGUGAGAAGGCUCGGGCUCUUCAUCUCUUCGUCACCGUUCUGUUCUCUCUCUCGGGUCUAUUCUUUUCUCUCUCGCUCGCUCUCUCUCAGUGAUUGUCUUUUGUCCCUCAACUCUUCUUCAAACCGCCUCAAACUCCGUCGACCUCCAAUCACAAGCUCGUCGGCAGCGCCCUUGACGUGCGCGCGUCCGACACAACUCCCGUUUUCCUUUCCAACUCGAGGUGCAGGCCUCACCCAGAUCUCCUUGAUUCAACAACGACAACGACUUCGACGACGACUUCGUGACGACGACAACCAGUAAGACGACGACCACCACAACGAGCCAAAGAAGAAGAACACCUCAGCUCAAUAUUCUGAACAAUGACGGAGACUGCGCCUGAAUGCAGCUUCGACACCUUCAUCGACGCUGAUCUCGUCUUGGACUCGACUUCUUCCGAGGAGGCGUCUUCGCCGAGUGGCCAUGCCAUCGGCAAGUCCGGCACCACUAAUAAACCGUCGCCCCUCGCCAGCGUCUCUGGGCACUUCUCCCACGACGGCCCCCCUACGCCCACGAUUUCCGAAGGAUUCCAUUACCACCCAAAUGCGUCGACGACAUCGACGUCAAGCCCCCUCGUUACGACGCCCAACAGCGCCCUGUCCCACCCUGCUUCCCUUCACAAUCUCUCCUUCGACUUCAGCUUCAUCGAUGGUAGCCACGGUCAGUCGUCGGCCUCGCCCUUUUCCACCGACGUCCACGCAGCAGUCGCGGCCAAGGAUGCCAUUGCCACCGGUCUGCCCGCUGCAGCUGUGAUUUCUCGACCAACCUCGUCGCCCUCAGCUUGGGACGGUCUAGGCGCGCCAACCGUAUCUGGACCCUUCUUACACCAGGCUUCGUCCCGUCAUCAACAGCAGCAGCAGCAACAGCAUCACCAGCACCAUCACCACGGACGGUCGCUGAGUCUGCACGAUGUCGCUCCACCAACGAGCGGCUCUGACGUCGACGCAACAAUGGCUCAGCUUCCCUUUCCGCCCGUCAAGGUCAAGAUGGAGAGCGAGGCUGACAGCAAUGUGCCUAGCCCACUGACCGAGGACCGUAGCAGCCCAAGCUCGAGCCAGCCCUCAAUGAGCAUCUUCGACCAUGGCAGCCCCCCGAUGGAGAAGAAGAGGAGACUGGCCAGCCCUGCUGAGAGCUUCACCAGCUUCACGAGCAGCGUCAAGUCUGGCACUGAUGCUUCCACCUCCAUGUCCACCGAUGGCCCUUCGACACCCCUUUCGACCAAGAAGUCGUCGACGUCAUCUUCCAACAGUGGUAACCAGAAGCGCAGUCGCAACAACACACUGACGAAGCAACCCGAUCAGCAACAGCCACAGCAGCAGGCUUUGGCUGAAGGCAACCCAGACAAACCGUCGACCGUGGACGACCAGCAGCUGUCUCAACUUCACCAGCAGCAACAGCAGGACGCUCAGCAGCAAGCGCAGCAGCAGCAACGCGCCGGCAACAAGAGGCCCCCUCCCUCAGCUUCGCAAUUCACCGAGUCCGGCAUGCCGUUCCCAGUCAUCGACACGAGUGCCAAGCACUCGUCCCUCUUUGUGCCCCCCGACACUUCUGGUCUCACCAAGCGCGAGGCUCGGCUGGUCAAGAACCGUGCGGCCGCCUUCCUCUCACGGCAGCGCAAGCGCGAGCAGUUUGAAGAGCUCGACCAGAAGUGCAAGCACCUCUGCCGCGCCACCUGGAGGAUGUGGGAGGUGAUCGUCGGACCAGGCAGAGGCUGGGAGGCAUUCUCGAGCAGCGUCCUGCCCAUGCUCAUGGCUGAGGAGCACGCCGAAGUGGCGCUGUCCCUCGAACAAGUCGUCAUGCUCAAGGGCGGCAGCAUCGCACCAACCGAGGACGGCCAGCUUCAGGGUGCCGUCGCAGCCGGCAUCGACAUGAAGUCCACCUCGAGUACUGCUGCGAGCAGUGCCAACUCCAGGGGCAGCGAGACUCCCUCUGCUCCCGCCAUGGGAUCUGCACCUGGGCCCGUUGACGCCGCCGCUGCCGUUUCCGGCCCUCCUCCUGCGUCCACUGCGACCAAGGUUGAGGACCAGGGUGAAAUCACGCGCCUGCGCGCCGAAAUCGCUCAGCUCCAGGAGAGCCAGGCAGCCCUGCGCCUUGAACUGGCAAACGAGAGGGCGAUGCGGAGCGAGAGUGAACUCGAGCAGCAGCGCCGACCCUUCCGUCCCAGCGCCCAGGCAUCUCAGGACAUCAGCCUGACUGUGGCGCCCGAAGAGCAAUCCGAGCGACGUCGCGGUCCUGCAAAGGGAUCGAGGUCCUCUGAGAGGAUUCAGCGCCAGCAGGUAGCUUCCAGUCUUGCACCUCAACAAGGCGGUCAGCGCAAGGCUGCCGGCGCAGCUCUGAUGAUGGUGCUCUUCAGUUUCGCCCUCUUUGGCCUUCCGGGUGGCCAGAUGACGAGGCUUGGCGGUAUCAGCACGACUGGCAACGUUGAUGACUUCUCGCUCGGCAAAGUGCUCGGCGCACCUGUCUCCAGCGCUGCAUUCAGCAUCAAAGACGAUGAUGAAGAUGAUGACAUUUCCAUGCAACCUUCGUCGCACCUGUCCGCUCACGACCUGCUUCCGCCUGACGUCUCGGACCUUCUCACCCUCGAGGACACGCACCUCGACGAUGCUCCUCGGUCUCGUUCUCGCCGCCAGCGCCAGCGCGGAGGAAGUCUCUCCUCUCUCCAGCAGAUCCUGGCCUCGUCAGACGGCGCGUUCGACAUCGACCAGUGGAUCCGCGAUCACCACGCUGACGACGACGAGGAAGCCCAAGAGCAGAGGGUGGCCGGCGAGGCCUUUGCUCGAGACCUCACCAGCUCGCUCGGCCGAGGUUAUACGGGUGUGGACGUCGAGCGAGGCUUCAUCUUGAUCGGGACACCGGAGAGCGAGGACAAGGAUGAAUCCUCGAUGGAUGUCGACAAGCUGUCGUCCAGCGAGACCGACGCGCCCACCAAGCUCACCCUCUUUGUCCCUGCACCCGACUUUCACACAUCCGUGGAGGCCCAAUCGCCGCAUUCUUCCACAGACGAGGAUCGCUUCUAUGAUGCGCCCUUGGCCAAAGAAGACAACAAGGCGCAGGACCCGGCUGCCGCGUCGGGCCAGGAGAUGACGCAGACCGAUGCGACCCGCGCUGCUCUGCGUGUCCUGCGAGAACACCGGUUGAGCACCUCUACUUCGGCGUCGCGACCCUCAUCGUCGCACCGAGUCAAGUCCUCCAGCCAAGAUCAUGACGAGUCGAUCGACGCAGACUUUGAGUCGAUGACCUCGGCCGGUGUUGCUGGACCGCGAGACUUUUACGAGCUCAACUUUUCUCUAUCUGGCGCCAAGGUACGAGGCGUCAAGGAGCUUUCUGGUCUCAUUCUCGCGGCAGGCAGAAGGCGGCUUCGACAACAGGACGAGUCCUGAUUACACAACUCACACACCCGGCCUUCUCUCGCACGCACGCAUGCACACUCCUUCUCAAAUCCUCUUUACGACAAUCGCUCUUUGGAUCAUUUUACAAGAGCUAAUCUUAAGUCGACAGGCUCGGCAUUUUUCCCGUUUUCCACGUCUCUUUUCUCAUCUGACGACAUUCUCGGCGCAGCGGGGGGGAAAGCGACGAUGACGACAGCGACGAACACACUCACUAUAGUUUAAAGGCUCACCUGUAGCCUUGCUUUUUCUUUUUCUCGUUUCUCUUUUAUCUUGUCGUGGAGGAAGGUCUCGUUGUCUUUAUAGUAGUACGUAGAUGUAGGGUGGAGACAGAAAGUAGCGACGAGGCACCAAAAGUAGCUU